AUGUGUGCUACCAAAUUUACAUACUUUGAUAUUUCUAUAUCUGAUGAGAGUAUUGGUAGGGUAGUUUUUGAACUAUUCGCUGACAAGGCUCCAAAGACGGUGCAAAAUUUCUAUCGUUUGUGCGUAGGGGACAAAACUGUCUCGGGGUUUCCUAAGGAUGGAUCAUUAUCGUACAAGGGUAAUGCUUUUCAUAGAUUGAUAAAAAACUUCAUGGUUCAGGCUGGGGACGUUAUAUAUGGCUCCGAUGAGACAUAUGUCAAAUCUGAUAGUAUUGGAAAAGGCGGAUGCUCCAUCUAUGCUACUGAAAAUGAAUUUCAAGACGCAUCCAAAGAACUUGCAUGCUACGGAAAUUUUGAUGACGAGAACCUGGGUACUUUUGAAGAACCAUUUGUGUUAGCUAUGGCUAAUACCGGAUCUCCCAACUCGAACAGUUCGCAAUUCUUCAUCGUUACAUUCCCUUCUCCUCAUUUGAACGGAAAACAUUCAAUUUUCGGACGGGUUAUUCAUGGAAAAUCAGUUGUACGUACAAUGGAAAGGGUUUCUUGUGACUCAGAUGGGUUCCCUACAGAAUGCGUUAAAAUCAGCGAUUGCGGUGAGUGGAAUGACUCUAUGGGCGUACCCUUAUAUAAUGCAUCGAAUGACCCUAUAGGUGGAGACUAUUAUGAAGAAUAUCCCACGGAUGACCAACAUUUUGAUUCUGAAGAUUUUGGUAAAGCUGUAGAGGCUGUAGAAACGAUAAAAGAAGCUGGUACGUUGUUGUACAAGAAGAAAGAUUUUAUGAAUGCUUACUUCAAAUACAAAAAAGCCUUGGCCUACGUCAACGAGUUUGUCCCAGAAUACGACAUCGACAAAGAGAAUAACGUUAAACUUAUCGAGCUGAAAAAGAAACUUUAUUUGAACAUUUGCUUAAUGCUUUUCUACUUACAGCGUUAUUCUGACUCCAUCACAUACACAAAAUACCUUCUAGAAUGCGAUAACGUUUCUAGUGGUGACGAAGCUAAAGCCUAUCUGAGAAGAGGUAACUGUAAUUUGAAAUUGGGUCUGCUUGACGACGCUUUGAAGGACUUUCAAUCGAGCGAGGCAAAAAACCCUGAUGAUGGUGCCGUUAAGACCAAAAUUGAAUACACAGAAACCUUAUUGACACAGAAGAAAGAGAAAACAAAGAAAAAUCUGGCUAAAUUUUUCAAAUAG